GACCUGAAGAAGAGGCAGAAAAACCUGUGAAAACUAAGACUGUUUCUUCCAGUAAUGGAGGAGAAAGUUCGAGUCGCAGCGCAGAGAAACGGGCGGCUAAUGAAGAAGCUGAAGACUUCACCUCAAAGCCUGCUCCUGCCAAAAUGUCCAAGUUUGGAUUUUCCAUAGGCAGUCAGACAGCAAAGAAGGCAUCUGCAAUAUCCAUCAAACUAGGAGCAAAUAAGCCUAAAGAGCCUGUUCCAACCCUUGCUCCCAAAACCCUUUCGGUAGCAGCGGCUUUCAACGAGGAUGAAGAUAGUGAGCCAGAGGAGAUGCCUCCGGAAGCCAAGAUGCGCAUGAAGAACAUUGGGAGGGAUACACCAACCUCAGCAGGACCAAACUCCUUCAACAAAGGAAAGCAUGGGUUUUCUGACAACCAGAAGCUAUGGGAACGAAAUAUAAAAUCUCAUCUUGGAAAUGUCCACGACCAAGACAAUAACUAAAAGAUCUGGAUUGAGAGUUGGGUGUCUGGGGGGAGGGGAGGGUGUAACAUUAAAGGAACAGUUUCCUUUUGUAAGAAUGGUAUAAGACUAUCUUUGGAGCCACUUUUUUAAAAUUUUGAGUGGUACACUAAUAACUGAGUUUGAAAUUAGAGGUAAUUUAUGUUUUGUAUACAGAUUUCAAGGCAUUUGCUAAUUUUGUAGUUCCAUGUGAUUAGUUUCAAAAGGUUACAGAUAAUAAAGAAAUUGGAGUGGUACCUUUUUAAGAUUUUUUUUUAAAUUUUUUUUUCUGGUGAGUGACAAAUUAAAGCAGAUGAAAAAGGUUACUGUCUCUUUAAUCAGGUUAACAUUGAAUGCUCUGGCAUUCCCACUUCUGGCUCCCUCUUCCUAACAGGAGAAACAGUUGACUCCUAGGAAUACUGCUAAAGAGAGUGAGCAUUGUCUUGUGCUAGAAGUGUUACUGGACUAUUAACUUCAUUAUAAACUUCUGCAGGAAACAAUAAGAACCUGGAUUUAUUUUUAUUUUUCCUCCCUGCAGUCACCUUUUGUUCUGUUUCUGCAAAGUAGGAAUUCUGUUGCUCCAAGUGGCUCUGGUAAAUUAGCUCUAAUUUAGUUUAAAACUUCAUGUAGGAUGUGUAACCCUCCGUGGCCUGUUUCAUGCUGAGGAAAUGGGCCUUGUCUGUAUAUUAGAUACAGUCUGUAAAGAAUAUUCACUACAAAGGUAAAUCAGUAUUUUCAGUGUGCUCCUCUUAAGUCAUUAGCUUUGAGUAGUGCUUGUUAGCAUUUCCUUGUGGUCCACAAAAGCCACCACCAAAAAGACAAGCUAAUGUACGUUAAGCUUCACCUUUGGUUGAAAUGUUUUUCUUUACUA